UCCCCGUUGCAUUUUUUGGUCCCUCCUAGAGCCGCGUUCGGCCGUACGGAUCCGUCGCUUUGAGCCAUGCACCUGCGCGGGUGGAAGCGCGCUGCCCCGGGGACACGCUGAGCUGCGCCGGGAGUGGAGCCCGCCGCCAGGUGGAAUGGGGCAGCCAUGAACGGCGAUGCCCUGUGCCAGGAGCCCUCCUCCCCGCUCCCCGACUGGCGUGAGUUCUGCGAGCUGCACGCCCAGGCGGCCGCCGUCGACUUCGCCCAGAAGUUCUGCCAGUUCCUGAAGGAGAACCCGCACUACGACACGCCGGGCGCCGAGGCUUCCUUCUCCCAUCACUUCGCCGCCAACUUCUUGGAUAUCUUCAGCGUGGAGGUCAGCCGGGUGUUUGUCUCCGACUCGCCCACCAAGUACAACAUCGUGCCCUUCGUGGGGCUGCAGAACUGCCACGUGCCCUACGGGCGGGAGGUGGCCCAGCGGAAGGAGGAGACGUCCACCGAGUCCUUGGACAGCAUGGAGGCCCCGCUGGGUGCCGGCCGCUAUCUCAGCCCGGUGCAGCAGGCGCAGGCCCGCAAAGUGUCCUCCUAUGGCCAGUCCCGCAGCUCGGAGGAUGUCUCCGUGCACGCCUCCGCCAAGCCCAAGUUCAAGAAGGGCUUCUCCUUGAGGAACAUGAGCUUGUGCGUGGUGGACGGCAUGAAGGAGAUGUGGCACCGAAGGUCUUCUCCCGAGCCGGGCGCCGAGGCGGCUCCAGGCACCAGGAGGACCGAGAGGGAGCCGUGGGGCAAGGAGCCCGGUGACCCCCGGGAGAAGUGGACCCACAAGCUGCGUCUGUCCAAGGCACAGUCCUCCAAGGUGGAGCUGGUGGACAUCCAGAGGGAGGGCACGCUGCGCUACAUGGUGGCCGAUGACACGAACUGUGUGGGGAGCUCACAGUGGCAGAAGUGCCGCCUCCUGCUGCGCAAGGCCGUGAAGGUGGAAGGGGAGAGAUUCCUGCUCGAGUUCUACGUCCCUCCCAAGGCUUCCAAGCCCAAGGUGAGCAUCCCACUGUCAGCCAUCAUCGAGGUGCGGACCACCAUGCCUUUGGAGAUGCCUGACAAGGACAACACCUUUGUGCUGAAGGUGGAGAACGGUGCCGAGUACAUCCUGGAGACCAUUGACUCCCUGCAGAAACACUCGUGGGUGGCAGAUAUCCAGGACUGCAUUGACCCUGGGGAUAGCGGGGAUGACAUCGAGUUGGCAUCCUGUGCUCAGGGAGCCUGCCUGCCGGGCCGGGCGUCCUCCUGUAGCUGCGAGUUCCUGGCUGAUGAUGUGCACAGGCUGCCAGAUAGAUGUGCCCUGCCCGGUGCUCACAGUGCUACCACCACUGCUAUGCCCACACCCCAUGGCCGGGGCAGGGACUCCGUGGGGGAGCUGCUGGCCCACGUCCCACUGGAGAGCUUCUUGCAGACACUGGAGUCUGCACCCACAGCCAGCACGCACCUUGCAGGAGAGGACAGCGAAGUGGACACAGAGAUCAACCUCUCUGACUUCCCCUGGUUCCAUGGGACGCUGUCACGGAUCAAGGCGGCUCAGCUGGUGCUGUUUGGCGGUGCCCGAAGCCACGGCCUGUUCGUCAUCCGGCAGAGUGAGACACGGCCAGGGGAGUACGUGCUGACCUUCAACUUCCAGGGGAAAGCCAAGCACCUCCGCCUGUCGCUGAACGAGAGCGGGCAGUGCCACGUGCAGCACCUCUGGUUCCAGAGCAUCUUCGACAUGCUGAGGCACUUCCACACACACCCCAUCCCGCUGGAGUCAGGCGGCGCUGCGGACAUCACGCUUCGGAGCUACGUGGUGGCCCAGAGCCUGCAGCCCGACACUGGCCCUCCGCCAGCCCUCGUGCCACAGCCGCCGCUCUGCCGCACCGACCCACCACCCCCACACUACUUCUGCAGCACGGCGCCCGCCGCCCCGCCAGUCCCACCACCCACUGAGGGGGUGGCUGUGCCCCCCGCCGUCCCCACGCCCUACCACCGCCUGGAGGGAGCCCUGGGCCCCCGCAGCCGCAGUGACAGCGCUGAGCGCCGGCCGGAGCCUGCUGCCACCGGCACUGAGGACUAUCACGAUGCUGACGGUGCCCGCAGUCGGACCCGGGCAGUGGAGAACCAAUACUCCUUCUACUGAGCCCCUUAGGGGCGGGAUGAUGGGGGGACACGGGGCAACCGUGCCCAUUGCUGCUGCACCAGCCUCACUGCCACCACCAGCACCGGGGCGAGGACAUCCUCCUUGCUCCUGUGUGAUGGCCCAGCUGGACCUGGCAGCACUGAGUGGGUGCGAGGUUGGAAGCAUCAGUGCUGUUUUGAAGCUUGCGGCACCUUCCCUUUCCCUCCUGACCAAGUGUUCUCCCAGCACUGAGGUUUGGGCAUUUUGGGAUGGGGAUGGAAGUGUCCCUGCAGAGCUGUCCUCGUAGGCACAGGUCUGUGUGCCUAUAGGCGUUGUGCCCCAUGCUCAGCACAGCUCCAUCCUUGUGCGUCUCUGGGGCACAAGUUUCCCAUGCUCUGCCAGGAGAAGGCUUUUUGUCCAAAGCUUGAUGCAUCUCAUUGGAGGAAGGUCUUUCCCUGCUUUCCUGCCCUUUCUCUUCCUUUGUCCUUUUUCUCCUUGUAGAGACUCCCUGAAUGCUCCCUUUCUUCCUCUCCUUUGCUUCUGAAACCUUGAAUUGCUUACAAGGUAUCAGCAAUCUUCUCCCUCCUUUCCACAGCACUCAUUGCCAUCGUUGAAGGCAAACCUUGGAAAACGCAACACCAGCCCCACUCACAUCAGCCCUUACUUGGGGUAUCUCCAGGGGGUUCAGACAGAGGCCAGGUGCAGGGCUGGAAGCAAAAUUGCCACCACAGCACACCCCAGGAGUGCAAACACUACAGACCUUCAGUAGAUGCUAUUGAAGAUUUUUAUUUUAUUUUUUUUCUUAUAGAAAUUGAAAAACCCAGAGAGAAUGAAAGGAGUGUGGCUCCUGGUGGAACUGUGUGGCUGUGCAGGUGGAACACAGGGACUGGGUUGGGCUGACAGCAUUGGGAUUUCCCUUGCUCAAGUGCCACCCUGCCCUCACCAGUGCCACGUGGCAGCACCGCUGCCUGCAGGGACCAUGUGCUGUCUCUGCCUGUUAGCAGCAUGGUGGCUUUUGAGCAGACCCCUGCAGCACAUCUCCAGCAUGAAAAGGAGCUCCCUCCUGCACUGCAGAGACCUGAGAGAGAGAGCACAGAUGCUGGGGCCAGGCUGCUUGCUGGGAUUGUGUUCUUCAUGUAGGGUAAGAGUCAAGCCACAGCCAAGCUCAAACCCCAGUGAAUUGCCUGAAGAGUUAUUCUGGUGUCUGGUUUUGGUUUGGAUCAGAUUUUUUUUUUGUUAGGUGCCUUCUUUCCUGAGCUAGCAAAGUGUGUCCCAACUCUGGAGUCGCUUCUCAUCCUUCCCACAGGCAGGGAUGAGCUU